CAUGAAUUUCUCAGAGGAGUACUUGGAGGAUUAUUAUGACAUGUUCAUUCAAACUGAUCAAUCAGAGCAGCUAAAUCAGUCCAUACGGGUGGUGUCCAUGGUCAUCUACAGCAUAACCUGUGUCCUUGGUAUCCCAGGAAACGCAUUUGUCAUCUGGAUAGCUGGAGUGAAGAUGAAGAGGACAGUCAACACUGUCUGGUUUGUAAACCUGGCUGUAGCAGACCUCCUCUGCUGUAUCUCCAUACCUUUCUCAUUGGUUGAAAUCAUACUGAACCAACACUGGCCAUUCGGAGAGGCUAUGUGUAAGGUUAUCCCCUCUGUCAUGUAUCUCAACAUGUUUGCCAGCGUCUUCACCCUGGUUCUCAUCAGCCUGGACCGCUUUGUCCUGAUCAUCCUGCCUGUCUUGGCCCAGAACCACCGGAGCAUCGCCCUGGCCUGGUUGCUGUGUGGUCUGGCCUGGGUCAUGGCCUUGCUCCUCAGCCUCCCCACCAUGAUCCAUAAUGGGACCAUCGAUAGUGUCGACAAUGACGAAAUUAUUAUCUGCACCUCUGUACACCCCCUUGGCGAAAACAACAUUAGGGGCUUCUUUUUGGCCAUCAAAGCCACCCAUGUUCCCAGGCUGGUCCUCGGCUUCCUCGUUCCCCUGUUGGUCAUCGCUGUCUGCUACCUGCUCAUUGGCAGGAGGGUGAGCAGCGCUCGCUUCAAGUCUCAGAGGACCUUCUGGCUCAUUCUGGGCGUGGUGGCAGCGUUCUUUGUGUGCUGGCUGCCGUAUCAUACCAUAGGUAUGGUGAUUGGGUAUGGCAGGUUUGCCUCGGCAGGUGAAGCCUGGAAUUGGUACCCCCUGGCCAUCUCUCUGGCAUACGUUAACAGCUGCCUCAACCCUGUCCUGUAUGUGUUUAUGGGCCAGGACUUCAAGGACAGGGUCAGGGUCUCUUUCCGUAAAGUGUUUGAGAAUGUCUUCAGUGAGGAUGCCAUAACACACACAUCUGUGUCUCAUGUCUGAGUCUGAAAUGUCUGAUAACUCUCCUGGGUCGUAUUAAUAAAACAGCAUACUUAAGUUAUAGAUAAUGCCAAGAGUGUGCAAAGCUGUCAUCAAGGCAAAGGGGGGCUACUUUGAAGAAUCUCAAAUAUAAAUUAUAUUUGUUUAACUCUUUUUUGGUUACUACAUGAUUCCAUAUGUGUUAUUUCAUAGUUUUGAUGUCUUCACUAUUAUUCUACAAUAUAGACAAUUGUAAAAAGAAAAAGAAAGAUAAAGAAAAACCCUUGAACGAGUAGGUGUGUCCAAACUUUUGACUGGAACUGUAUAUUCUUUAUUAUUGGUAUGUAGAAAAGGAACUGGGAGCCAGUGUCUAGAUUACACUAAAUCAAGGCAUUCCAAAUAAAAAAAAGACAUUUUUACAGCCAUCCCCCACUUACACAUUCCUCUCAUGCUUACUGUAAUAUCUGUCAUUUUCAAAAAUUAACAGUCUGAAGAUCAACUGGCUGGUUGGCAUAGACGUUCUCCACUAAAGCCACAUAGUGGUGCUAUAGAGCAAUGAUAAGCACCACACUAACCCCAUAUGAUAAACUUGACUAAUCUCAUGAUGCUAGAGAAGUCACUGUGUAACUGAUUAAAUAUUGAAGUGUUGUGACAAUAGCUUGGGUUCAUUUAUAUGUCAGAAAAUCUGAACACUCUCGCUGACAGCUUCAUUUUCUCAAAGUUAGUUUGGACAAGAGGAGUCAACUAUUAUCUGAUCCCCUGCUUGGAAAUGGAAAUGCACAUUUGAACUUAAAGGAGCAAUCAGCAUUUGCUACAUCCUUUUUUGAACUUAUAAAUGGAUGAUAUGUCCCCAUUGAUUCUUGAAGAAUACAACUUAUGCCUCAUGAGCUAAGUUCAACUGUUGUACCCCAUCAGAACCCCAAAUAAGCUUUUUUUUACUCCAAUGUUUGUAAACAAACACCAAAUAGCCUCAAAACCUAGUUAAAGUAAAGUGUUGAUAUCAAUAACGUUCAUUCCUUGCAUCCAUAGCUCUGUCUAUGAAUUUGAGAGAGGUCUAUCCCCACCCGUUUAUAUUUUUACAGAAACAGGGGUGGGGUGUACGCGUGGUAAUUGUUUCAACUGCUGAUUGUCCCUUUAAGUACCCUUCUAGCCUCUAU